UGCUUAUGGAUUUCAAUGGCUUCUCUGUGUAGUCUGACAUGAUAGUUGUUGGAGUGGUCCAGCAUUUCUGUGUCCUCAAAUAAUAUACUAUGUCCAGGUUGGUUCAUCAAGGGCUCUGCUAUGGCUGAUUUCUCUGGUUGAGUUAGUCUGCAGUACCUUCCAACUCUGAUUCUACGAUUAUCUGACAUCAACUAAUCUCAAUAAGGGCCAUGGCUUCACUGAAAGUCUAUUAAGGGAUUAAAAACCAUCAGAUAGCAAAUGAAGAUUCGUUGAAUUGUUUCCAUGCUUGUAUGUUUCUUUUAUUUUUGUAUUUAUGUUUUGUUUCAAACUGGAAGAUUUAUAGUAGUAGGUAGAAUAUAGAGGUAUAGUGUUAGCAUUAACAGAUCACAAAAUCCUGCUUGUUUGUUUGACUCUGGCUGUUCAAAGGACUGUGGGUUUGCAGUGCCAACCGGGCAGUGGCAGGGUUUUUCUGCUGCGUUGGGAGGGUUGGGAGCGGCUGCUUUGGGAGGUUGUUCUAGCCUGCUGCCAUAAAGGAUGUUGAGAUGGAUGAUAAGAGGGGGAAACUGCCUUCCUGCCGCUUGCGUCAGAGAAACAGCUGAUGUUUGAGAACCAAAUGAGGCCUCGGAAAGGGAUGCUUUCACUUUUGCUCCACUGAUGCUGCUUCUGCUGCUGCUGCUGCUUUCGGCUUCCUUUGGAAACACUGGGAAAGCACCGAACUUGCGGCUUCUUCAUCACAGCUGAGAAUGAUAUUUGAAGGGAGGGUUUGGUUUCGUUGUGCCUAAAGAGAGAAAAAGCAGGAUUAAAAUGGAAGAACCCGAAGAAUCCCUGGAAGAUGCCCUCCUGUUCGCCUUGGACGACCUUCGCGGAGAAAACUUCAAGCGCUUCAAGAACAAGCUCUGCUUCUUAAAGAUGGAGGGGAAGGACCGGAUCCCGCUGAGCAAGCUGGAAAGUGCGGACACCGUGGACACCGUCCAGCUCUUGCUGGGGGCCUAUGGGGAGGAAGGGGCCAAAGAGGUCGCCGUCCAGGUCCUCAAGACGAUCAACAUGCGGGACUCGGCCUCCAGGCUCCAGAUGUGGAAACAGAAAGAAUGCAGGAAGAAAUAUCAGAGGCACAUCCAAGAUACCUUCAGUCACAUCCCUGAACUGAACCCUCGUUCUGGCCAGAAAGUGAGCCACCACCAAAGAUACACAGAGCUCUUUCUCAGGGGCAGGAAACCAGAUCCUGAAGAAAGAGGCCAUGAACUGCUGGCCAUGGAAAGGAAGCACCAGGAGAUGGAGGCUCAUCCAGAGAGAUGCCCAAGCCUUGGCCUGGAGGGACUGUUUGGCCCUGAUGCCGAGGGGAGAAGCUCCAGAACCACUGUGUUGUUUGGGCCGGCUGGAAUAGGGAAAACUAUGGCUCUACGGAAGUUGAUGUUGGACUGGGCAUCUGGUGAGUCUUGGCCGGCCAAGUUUGCCUAUGCCUUUUACGUCUCCUGUGGAGCAUUGAAUAGUAGCAGUGAAACCAUGAGUCUGGUUGACCUGAUAGCCAACAGCUGCCCUCCAGGGACUCUCGCAAUGGAGGACAUCUUGAUGCACCAAGACAACCUGCUCAUUGUCCUCGAUGCUUUUGAUGAACUUAAUCUCGGCAAUCUUCCAAGCGAAGGUCCAAGCAAUGACUUGCACAAGAGGAAACCCGUAACUGACUUAGUGCUUGGAUUACUUCGAAGAAAGCUCUUUGCCAAAUGCCACCUCCUGGUAGCCACGAGGCCAAAGGCCAUUGGGUCCCUCCUACAAUACCUCAGAUCAGCAAGGUGUGUGGAAGUGUUGGGAUUCCACCUGGCUCAGAGGAAGGAGUAUUUCCAACGCUUCUUUGAGGACAGAGAAGAUGGUGCUCGGGCCUUUGAGCUUGUGAGGAGCAACGAAACUCUUUCCCGCAUGUGCUUCCUUCCCGCUUCAUGUUCUGUGAUCUGCUCCAUCUUCAGUCGGACAACCCAAAGGGAUCCCCUUAAAGAUAUCCCAGAGAAGGCAACGGUCACAGACAUUUAUGUGUGGCUCCUCUUCAAGUUCCUGGGGUGCCAUUCUUUGGUCAACCUGGAAGGACUUUGCCGCUUAGCCAAAGAGAGGCUGCUCCAUAAGACGGCAGUCUUCGAUGAAGGAGUGCUCAAGGAACAUGGCUUAGGCAAUGCUUCAACUCAUCCAGGCAUUCUCCUCCAAGACUGCCAUGUAACAACUACAUACAAGUUCAACCACUUAGGUUUCCAGGAAUUGCUGGCUGCCUUGUCCUUUUGUCUCCUGGACUCAGACGGGAACACUAUAUCAUCUUUCCAAGAACUGGAGGAAGUAUUUGGACACCAAACUGAAUCCAACUUCACUCUGCUUCUGCGUUUCCUUUUCGGCCUCUGCGGAAAGAGGAGGCUGGAUAUCCUUCAAGGAAAUUGGGGCUGUAGGACAUCCAGGAAUGGACUUUGGCAAGAAUUAGGGAUAUGGUUGGAGAAGGAAGUUAAGCAUCACUCCUUUAGGAGUGAAGAGAAGCUGCUAGAACUGUGCCAUUGCCUCUAUGAGACCGAGGACCUCCCGUUUGCCAAGAACAUCAUGAGACACAUUCAUGAUCUGGACCUCAGGGACCUGCUCUCCACCAACCUAGACCUUGCAGCUGUUGCCUUCUGCUUGUCGGCUUCUGACUCUCUCCAGUCACUUCAUCUCUCUGACUUUGAGUUGGGACCUGAAAGACUGGGGCAACUCCUACCAGGGCUGUGGAAGCUUUCAGUGAUCCGGCUGAACCGUUGUGGGCUUACGGUUUCCACGUGCAAAGAUCUUUCUUCGGUUGUGGCAGCCAACGUGAGCCUGACCAGCCUGGACCUCUCUGAAAAUCCAUUGGGCGACUGUGGUGUGACCGAGCUGUGUCAAGGGCUACUCGAUUCCCACUGUCAGCUGCAGAGUCUCCAGCUUCAUGGGUGCCACCUGACAGCUGCUGCCUGUGAGCCCCUUUCUGCCCUUCUGGCAUCCAAGCCAAGCCUCGUUGAGCUCAAUCUUGGAGGAAACCCCUUGGGAGACCCAGGAAUCCAUAUAUUCUGCAAAGGGAUGAAGAACCCACAGUGUGGACUGCAAAGGCUCAAGUACGUGAAAGGCACUUGUUGGAAGAGGCAGCCAAAUCAUAUAGGAUUCUUACAGAGGUUGCACCAAUGCAGCCUUACGGGUGCCGCCUGCACGGAUCUGGCCUCCGUUUUGGAAACUGGUCCGACUUUAAUGGAGCUUAACCUGGGUGACAACAGCCUGGGGGACGAUGGCGUCCGGCAGCUGUGCCUUGCGCUGAAAAAGCCCGACUGCAAACUCCGGAAGCUGGCACUGACCAUGGGAUCCCUGAAUCGGACCACAAAGACGAGGCUCCAGGCAGCUAUUUCGGCGCGUCCGGAAAUGACGGUGGUUUCCUACUAUUCGCCCUCCUUCCUGGCCUUCCCCGGUGACGAAGGGUCGUGGGGCAUGUUCCCACGUUCGUGAUCCAGCACUCUGGCACAUUUUGACGCCGAAACUGGCAAAGGAGGAAACAACUACAAGGUGCAUAAGUCCUUUGUACAUCGAGGAGAUAGGUUUGGCGCAUCGCAAUGGUUCUGCCCAUUGCCCUAAAAGACCGUAAGGCUUACAUCUUCUUCUUUCAAGACCGUUCGGCUGAAUACAGGCCAUUUCCAAGUUACAAACUGUUGGGAAUCACCCUGGACUACUCAAAUCUAAAUGUAGUUAGAUAGAUGAUAGAGUUAGAUUGAGGGAAUCCUUUCCCUGUUUCCAAAGCAUGCCUAGACAGGCUUCACUGUGUUUCCCUCUAUCCUUUUUACGUCACAUUCCUUACUUUGAAGUUAGCAGAAAUGUGAAUCUCCAGGGACACUAACUUCCCAUUGGUCAGAAUGUCUUUUAUGGCCCCAAUAAACUGGACCAUGAGGUUGGAACCAUUUUGGUUCUCUCUUCUCCCUUUGUUCUUCUAGCUAACAAGCAGCAUCUUGCUGUCUCUCCUGGCAAGAUGUAACUAUGUUUGUUAUUUUUCCUUUCUUAUUUUUCCUUAGAAACCAGUCUAGAGUAGACUAGACAGCUCCCAAGCCUUUCUAUCUACAAUGGAGUUCUUUUUACCUGAAUAAAUACUUUUUGAACUUUUACUGAGACUCUGCAGUCCAUUGCAAUCCUAAAUAGACAAAGGCUUCUCUUGCUCACCCCAUGUAAAGCAUUUGAAAGCUUUUGCUUUUGCUACUCUGCUGCAUUUUGGUGGAAUCUCCCCCAGAGAGGGUUAAAUUGAGUCUAACCGCUCAGAGAUUACCACAACACAAACAUCUGACUUACAAGCUUGAUGAUGAUGAUAAAUGGAAGCUCUUACAUGUGCCCGCGACCCAGAGUUACCCGCAGAACAAUAAAAUGCCACUCAGGUUGGCAGAACAAAAAUACAAGAACUUUACUGAUGUUGUGGUUCAGUGUGAUGAUGAAGGGAGAUUUGGGUUUAUGCAGGCUGACCAAGGCAAUGCUGAUGAGGGAAAUGUCAAAGGCUCUGAAUUGUCAGAGGGGCCACAGGCUAGCAAGGAAACAGAAUCUAGUGAUAAGGGUGACCUUUCACAGGAUUUAGAACAUCAACAGAGUUUGGAACAUCAACAAGUCCCAGGUGUCUCUGGCAGUGAGUCAGAGGAGUCUUCCUUAGAUAGAGAUGCAAGGUUAAGGUUAAAAGUUCGUCAUUCCAGACAUUCCCUUCGAAUAGCUGGUAAGAGCGUGGGAACUUAAGGACAGAGAAAUGCUUUCUUGGCUUGUAAACAUGGGUAAAUAAGGGAGAAACAGGGAAAAUUUUCAGACAAAGCAACAUUUGGUUUUGUAAGCACAGCUCCUGCCUUGUCUAAGCUUAGAAAAGGAUUCUUGCCUUUGUUCAUGCCUGGAACCUGUGUUUUGGAUUAUACUCUGAAGUAUAUGUUGUCUUGUUUUCAGGACUGAUUUCUUAUAUCAGAGACUUUGAACUAUAUUCUACAAAUUGCCUUUUUACUGACUGCCUUUGCAUUUGAAACAUUGCUUUUUACUGACUGCCAUUGCAUUUGGAUUAUUGCUUUCUUUACUGCUUUUUAUUCAGACGUUGCUAUCUUUUAUCAAUAAACUGUUUAAACCUA